GACAGACUGAGAAGCUCUUUGCGUUGUCAGGGCGGAACCGACUGACAAGCUGGAGCCGGCGGUGGCGUUGGGACAGCACGCCGGGCAGCAGCCGCCGGAGCGGGGCGGCGCCGAGCGCCAACCUCCGCCCUGGACCGACGAGCUGGCGGACAUGUCCCGGCACAUCUACAGCAGACACGGGCUGCCGGACGGAGCGCACAAGACAGCUUUUCAGAUGAACGCGGGUACGUACUCCCGAAGGAGUCGACUCAAGCGGUCGGAUGGCAGCACCACGUCCACCAGCUUCAUCCUCAGACAGGGUUCAGCCGACUCAUACACGAGCCGACCAUCCGACUCAGACGUUUCCCUGGAGGAGGACAAGGAGGGCGGUCGGCAGGAGCGCGAGCAGCAGGCCCGGCUCCAGCUAGAUAGGGCCAAGAGCAAAGCGGUGGCGUUCGCCGUGAGGACAAACGUCAGCUACUGCGGUGCUCUAGACCAGGAUGUCCCCGUGGGAGGCAGUGCCAUCUCCUUUGAUGCCAAGGACUUUCUCCAUAUCAAGGAGAAGUACAACAACGAUUGGUGGAUCGGUCGUCUGGUGAAGGAAGGUUGCGAUGUGGGCUUCAUUCCGAGUCCCCUCAAGUUGGAAAACGUUCGCCUGCAGCACGAGAACAAGCAAGGACGCCUCCACAGCAGUCACAACAAGUCUGGCGGGACCUCAUCAUCCAGUUUAGGAGACAUCAUGUCAGGAACCUUCAAGACUACACCCAACAGUGCAGCAAAGCCGAAACAAAAAUUGGCGGAGAAUGUGCCCCCGUAUGAUGUGGUUCCCUCCAUGAGGCCGGUGGUCCUGGUGGGCCCCUCGCUAAAAGGCUUUGAGGUGACUGACAUGAUGCAAAAGGCGCUCUUCGACUUCCUGAAACACAGGUUUGAAGGCAGGAUUUCCAUCACCAGGGUGACCGCCGACAUCUCGCUGGCAAAGAGGUCGCUACUCAACAACCCCUCCAAGCGCGUUGUCAUUGAAAGGGCCAACACGCGCUCCAGCGUCGCCGAGGUGCAGAGCGAGAUCGAGCGCAUCUUCGAGCUGGCACGUUCGCUGCAGCUUGUGGUGCUGGACGCCGACACGGUCAACCACCCGGCGCAGCUCGUCAAGACCUCGUUGGCGCCCAUCCUGGUCCACGUUAAAGUGUCCUCGUCCAAAGUGAGCGGAAAUGAGUGUUACUCCGUGGCUACAGAUGGAGUUUGUCAUUGGCGUUGCUUUCAGGUUCUCCAGCGUCUGAUCAAGUCUCGAGGCAAAUCUCAAAGCAAGCACUUGACCGUGCAGCUGGUGGCGGCCGAAAAACUCGCUCAGUGUCCGUCUGAAAUGUUUGAUAUCAUCCUGGAUGAGAAUCAGCUGGAGGAUGCCUGCGAGCAUCUUGCCGAAUACCUGGAGGCCUACUGGAGAGCCGCACAUGCCCCCGCUAAUGACACUGCACCGGGACGCAGCUUGAGUGCCACGGCCCUCUCACCAUAUCCAACUGCUAUUCAGGCACAACGUAACUUCAACGUGACUCCGGGCGCCACCACAUCACCUGCGGAGCGUCGCAGCUUAAUGCCAGCCGACCAAAACCUGCAAAAUGAGCGGGCCGGAAUCAGUCGCCGCCGGUUGUCAUCGGGUUCCUGGCGUGGCCACGACCAGUCCCUUCAGGCGGAGGAGGACCCCUUCCUCCGGGACCCCUACCAGGACUCGUACCAGCCUCACCGGAAUCCAGGUCGCAGACUCUGAAGCCGCCUUCUACAAGCAAACAAUAGAGCAGAAAUUAUAUAUUGUUCUAGCGAUAGCAUUUAUUUUGCUAGCAAUAUAACGCAGAGUAUUUAAUUUGGAUUAUACCAACAAGCAAAGCAAGAUUACCCAGUUUUAUUGUUUUUACAUGGAAAUAGACUUACUAACCUCGUAAAAUUGAAGGCAUUACAUUAACGGACAGAAGUACCUUGACCUACUAGUUUAACCCUCACUGGGCAUUCAUUGAAUUCAUUGAGUGCCAUUGACGUCGCUUGACGUCCAAUCCAUUUUGAGUGGGAGAGGCGAAUGAACCUCUGUUCAUUCGCCUCUCCCACUAAAAAUAAUUUAAUGAGUUAAAUACUGUGGGGAAAAAAAGUUUAGAGUGUUGCUUGGAGCCAUAACCCAUGUGCAUAUAUCUUUUAUUCAUUUUAAUUGUAUUAAUUUGCUUUUUAUUAACAUUCUAUUACGUUACAGUGGUAUGAAAAACUAUGUGAACCUUUUGGAAUUUCUCCCAUUCCUGCAUAAAAUCACCAUCAAAUGUGGUCUGAUCUUUGUCAAAAUCACACAGAUGAAAAAACAGUGCUUUAACUAAUACCACCCAAAUAUUUAAAAAGAAAGAUAAGUAAGUCAACCAAGUGAAACCCCACCCCACCCCCCAUUUGGCAGCAACAACUUCAGACGCUUCCUGUAGCUGCAGAUCAGUCUGUCACAUCGAUCAGGACUAAUUUUGGUCUAUUCUUCUCUACAAAACUGCUGUUGUUCAGUCAGAUUCCUGGGAUGUCUGCCAUGAAUCACUUUCUUUAGGUCAUACCACAGCAUCUCAAUAAGGUUAAAGUCUGGACUUUGACUUGGCCACUCCAGAACAUGUAUUUUGUUCUUCUGAAACCAUUCUGAAGUUGAUUUACUUCUGUGUUUUGGAUCAUUGUCUUGUUGCAGCAUUCAUCCUUUUUUUAGCUUCAACUGUCUGGCAGAUAGCCAUAGGUUUUCCUGCAAAGCAUCCUGAUAAACCUUUGAAUUCAUUAUUCCCUUAACGAUUGCAAGUUGCCCAGGCCCAGAGUAAGCAAAACAGCCCCAAAUCAUGAUGCUCCCUCCACCAUGCUUCACGGUGGGGAUGAGGUGUUGAUGUUGGUGAGCUGUUCCAUUUUUCCUCCACACGUGACGUUGUGUGUUACUCCCAAACAAUUCAACUUUGGUUUCAUCAGUCCACAAAAUAUUUUGCCAAAACUUCUGUGGAGUGUCCAAGUGCCUUUUUGCGAACAUUAAAAGCAACAAUGUUUUUUUAAACAGCAGUGGCUUGCUCCGUGGAGUCCACCAUUCUUGACCAUAGUUUUACAUCUAUUUUAUGUGUGCAUGGAGUUAUUGGACUGUGCCAGUGAUUUCUGUAAGUCUAUGCAACCACUCUAGGGUUCUUUUUUUUACCUCUCUGAGUAUUCUGCGCUGAACGCUUGGCAUCAUCUUUGGUGGAUGGCCACUCCUUGGGAGAGAAGCAACAGUGCAAAACUUUCUCCAUUUGUGGACAGCUUCUAUGACUAUCGAUGGAUGAACAUCCAGACUUUUAGAGAUGGUUUUGUAUCCUUUCCAAGCUUUAUACAAAUCAACAAUCCAUGAUCGCAGGUCUUCAGAGAGCUCUUUUGACUGAGCCAUGAUGCACAUCAGACAAUGUGCUCAUCAAGACAAGUCUUACCUGGUGUGUGUUUUAUAGUGGGCAGGGCAGCUUUAAACCACUCAUCAGUGAUUGGGCACCCACCUGACUUAAAUUGUUUGGUAAAAAUUGGUUUCAAUUGCUCUUUAAGUCUCCCUAGGCAGAGGGAUCACUUAUUUAUUUUUCCCCCUUCUGUCGUUGUUUGCAUGCUAUCCUCAUUAAAAUAUGAAAACCUAUAAAUGUUUGGGUGGUUUUAGUUAAAGCAGACACUGUUUUACAUCUGUGUGAUGUUGACAAUGAUCAGAUCAUAUUUGAUGGUGAUAUUAUGCAGAAAUGUGAGAAAUUCCAAAAGGUUCAGAUACUUUUCCAUACCACUGUAUAAAUGUUAUUUAUUAUCAUAAAUCAAAUCACUGCUGUCUUGAAAAGAAAGGUAGCACCCAAAAAGUCAGCAAAACAAAUAAUAACAAUCAAUUAGGAUGUAAAGAAUGAGCAACAUGAGCACUAGAGGGCAGCAUAAUACAUGCGCAAUGAACUAAAAUCACUAAAAUGCAGAGGAUAAAGAAUACAGUUGUACCUCGACAUGCGAUCGCUUCGACCCACGAUCUUUUCGACAUCCGACGUAAAAUUUGACUCGCCGUUUGUUUCUACAUCCGAUGACAUGCUCGAAAUAUGACGACUUAUGACAGCGCCGCAGUUUCUUUGUUUCCCCGCAAAACGAACACACGGCGGAUUUUCUUGUGUGAGAAAUCAACAUGAGUUCCAUGAAUGUUAGUGCAGUUAGUGAAAAAAAAAAAAACGGCCGUAGAAUGUCUACGAUCUCGGCGGUCCUCCUCCGACCUCCGUUCGCCAGUCUUUAUAAGUUCAGGUGACAAUUACUAUUGUGGUAACAUCGCCAAAAAAUCGCCAGCUUCGUCAGGUUUUUAAUCAUUUAUUUCAGAACUUGUGCAACACAACAUGCCAACUGUCCGCCACAGCUGAACAUGAAAAGUGAAAGUAAAAAGUCCUCGCUCACUCUGUCAAGUCAGCCACGCGGUGAGUUCAGGUACAACACGCAAAACAAAAUUGCCAGAUUAGAACCCAAUUCCUUACAUUAUUACAGGUAUUAUUAUUAUUAUUACUAUUUUUAUAUUAUUAUUACGAUUCUUAUUCAUAAUUUAUUUCAUUUGCUCUGUGUAAUUGCUAUUUCCAAUAGUACAAGCAGCAUUUAUUAAGGAUUUAGUGUAGUUUUUCGGGCUUGUGAACGAAUUAAUGGAAUUAUAAUGUAUUCUUAUAGGAAAAUCCUGCUCGACAUACGACCAUUUCGACUGGUACGGAUUAACUUCGUAUGUAGAGGUACCACUGUAUAUGCAUGUCAGUAUGAAAGUAGAUUGAUUAUAUUUGUUUUUAUUUCAAAAUAAGACAUUGGCCAAUGCCUGCUUUUGCUUUCGAAGGCAACGAAAAGGUUUUUUUUCUCGCUAAUUUUAGGAUGUGUUAUAGACCAAACUACUGCAUAGAAUUGAUUUUUAUUAGUGCAUUUUGAAACAAUGUUCUGUUCUUCAGUAAGUAAAGCAAUUGGAAAAGUAAAAAAAAAAAAAUAAACACAAUUUAAAAAAAUAGUUAUGAAUUGAUUUUCAAAAUACAGUAAUUGCGGCCCUCAUCAUAAGUAGCACAAUAGCUAGACUAGUUUCUCUGGCUUAUCUAUGGUGUUUUGCAAUGUAAAUUAGCAUUAAGCUCAGCUCCGUUCAGCCACAACUCGUGUUUUGGAAACUUGUAAGUGGAGGUACUAAAAUUUUCAAGUACUGUACAAUAUACUCAAUGGUAAAGUUAUAGUCAAGAGAAAUACUGGAUUAACAUUCCAUAGUGAUAUUUUAGAGAGAAAAAAACUUAACUUUGUGAUAUUGUAAAUUAUUUUAUGAGGCAAAAAGUUGCAAUAUAGUCUAAAUAUUUUGGAAAAAAUUGUCAUUUUUUGUGAUUUAGAAAUGUUUUUGAUGCUUGACAUUGUGAAAUUAAAGGUGAAA